AUGGUGAUGCGCCUUCUCGCUCCACUUUCACUCGGAACUCUGUUUGCUACAUUGAAAUUUCGUCGAGAUGGAAAAAUCCGGGAUUCUGUGCAAGCUAUCACAAUGCUCAACCAAAAUAAGAAUGCUAAGGAGGCUAUGGAAUAUCUCGAAAGAACAAAAUCGGACAUUAAAUUGUGCAUCCUGAAUACUCAAGCGCUAUUUCGUCUUGCAUUGCGUGGUAGCUCUUUAUGUAAGCGAAACGCAACGACAUCAGCUAAAAAAUCCAUUGAGUCAGUUGGAAUGUUGGAAGAUGCUAUAAAACGGCUUAUAAUCGACGAUGAAUGGGAAGGAACUGUGAAAUGGUUAAUUCCGCAUAUGUAUAAUGAAGAUGACCCUUUAUCUUAUAAAUACUUUCUAGAAAGGCGCCGAUCUCAAGAUCUACGCUUAAAUCGUCUUCUUUCCCAGCUUGUACUUAAAACUGAGACUGGAUUUGGAAGAGAACUUAUCAGUCAAGACAUUCUUACACUGCUGCUCCAACUUUGCAACCAUUAUCGAGAGACAAAUCGUAGCAUUUAUUUGAACGCAUUGAAAAUACUGGCAAACAUUGUCGUGCAGAAUGAAUACUGCGCAACAGCAGUUGCAAAUUCAGGAUGGCUUUCAAUGCUCGCAGCCAUGGCUACAUCGCAGAUUUUUGAAGAAGUGUUGAUGACUGAGAAGAUCUGCAAUAAUGGUUUGAGUGUUUUCGAUAGCACUAGAAAGCCACUGAAAACUAAUGUUUAUGAGCUUUUUCGUCCAGAUGAUGACCAGCCACCGAUAAUUGACUUGGUACUGAUCCAUGGUAUCCGCGGUAGUGUUUUUUGGACCUGGCGAGAAAAAGAUAAUCCGUCAAAGACAUCACGCACCCGAUGCUGGCCAAGGACAUGGCUUCCGCAAGAUGUGCCUGUUCCAAUGCGAAUACUUGCCAUCGAUUACCUAUCCUCGCUUGUGCAUUUUGUAGGAGUUGCUGAAACGGUGAGCACAAGAGCCCAAAAAUUUGCGGUGGAACUUAAAACUGCUGGUGUUGGUGACCGACCUGUCCUGUUCAUUUGUCAUAGCAUGGGCGGCUUAUUAGUGAAACGAAUUUUAUUGGAUGAUCCAAAAAUACGUCGCAACACAAUGGGGAUAUUAUUUAUGGCAACGCCGCACCGAGGCAGUCCUUAUGCAAUGUAUGCACCAUUGGGCUUGCGACCUUCCGAUGAUGUGAAACUUUUGCAUCAGCAAAGCGCAAUAAACAGACAGCUUCAUCAAGAUUUUCUUAAAAUUAUUGAUGCAGUGCCCGUGAUAAGUUCAGUAGCAGAAACAGAGAAAGCACCACUUAUCAUGCGUCAGAAAGGCAUACUGGUACCUCCAGAAAGUGCUUAUUUGGAACGCGGCGCCUUCUACCACAUAAAUGACGCACAUCACAAUAUUUGUAAGCCUUCUAACCAACAGGAUCGUAUCUAUAGUAUAAUUUUGCUGUUUAUAAAUGACGCCAUUCACUAUAUUGUGAAGAAAAUGAGUUAA